AGAACAUUCCAUUAUCCCAGAUACACCCUCAGCCCUUCACAGCCAAGAUCUGUCAUCUCAUCCUUAUAUACAGGUCCUGUCUUCUCAGUCAUCACAGGAUGUUCAGCUAAAUAAAGGUCACAGAAAGAAUGAUGGACAUCAAAGAGAUCACACAGGGGAGAAGCCAUUCUCGUGUUCAGAAUGUGGAAAAUGUUUUAGCCUUCAAUCAAAUCUUGUUCAACAUCAAAGAACUCACACAGAGGAGAAGCCAUUUUUAUGUUCAAAAUGUGGGAAAUGUUUUACCCAGAAAUCCUAUCUUGUUGAACAUCAAAGAACUCACUCAGAGAAGAAGCCAUUUUCAUGUUCAGAAUGUGGGAAAUGUUUUACUCAGAAAUCAGACCUUGUUCAUCAUCAAAGAACUCACACAGGAGAGAAGCCAUUUUCAUGUUCAGAAUGUGGGAAAUGUUUUCCUUUUAAAUCAGGUCUUGUUGUACAUCAAAGAACUCACACAGGAGAGAAGCCAUUUUCAUGUUCAGAAUGUGGAAAAUGUUUUAGUCAGAAAUCAGGCCUUGUUCAUCAUCAAAAAAAUCACACAGGAGAGAAGCCUUUUUCAUGUUCACAAUGUCGGAAAUGUUUUCCUUUUAAAUCAGGUCUUGUUGUACAUCAAAGAACCCACACAGGGGAGAAGCCAUUCUCGUGUUCAGAAUGUGGAAAAUGUUUUAGUCUUCAAUCAAAUCUUGUUCAUCAUCAAAGAACUCACACAGAGGAGAAGCCAUUUUUAUGUUCAAAAUGUGGGAAAUGUUUCUCUCACAAAUCAGGUCUUGUUAAACAUCAAAGAACUCACACAGAGGAGAAGCCAUUUUCAUGUGCAGAGUGUGGGAAAUGUUUUACCCAGAAAUCCUAUCUUGUUGAACAUCAAAGAACUCACACAGGGAAGAAGCCAUUUUCAUGUGCAGAAUGUGGGAAAUGUUUUACUCAGAAAUCAGACCUUGUUGUACAUCAAAGAACUCACACAGGAGAGAAGCCAUUUUCAUGUUCAGAAUGUGGGAAAUGUUUUACUCAGAAAUCAGACCUUGUUCAUCAUCAAAGAACUCACACAGGAGAGAAGCCAUUUUCAUGUUCAGAAUGUGGGAAAUGUUUUCCUUUUAAAUCAGGUCUUGUUGUACAUCAAAGAACUCACACAGGAGAGAAGCCAUUUCCAUGUUCAGAAUGUGGAAAAUGUUUUAGUCAAAAAUCAGACCUUGUUGUACAUCAAAGAACUCACACAGGAGAGAAGCCAUUUUCAUGUGCAGAAUGUGAAAAAUGUUUUGCUGAUCAAUCACAUCUUGUCAGACAUCAAAGAAUUCACACAGGGAAGAAGCCAAUUUAGAGUAUAAUAUAUUAACAAUGUGCACAGGAUAGUUGA